UUUAAGAUGUAAUAAGUUCUUAGGGGCUGUUAAAAAGUUAUGCUUAUUGCCUAUUGUUAAGAAUUUAGUCACAAUUUCGUUCAAUUUUGUUGUUUCCUAACGACUAUUGGCUUGUGACGAGGUAUAUAAGAAAAAUCUGUGGACGCUUGCGUCAUUUCUGGUCUAAGUAAUAGCGGCUAGUGGCUACAUAUUUUCUUCCGUGAUCUUUUGUGCAAACUAUUUUAAACCACGAAACAGAAAAAAUUGAGAGUGAGGCAAGUCUAGAAAAAGUGUAAAGAAUUCUAUUGUAAAUAUGUCUCUCAUGCGAACAAAUUCUAAAAGAGUCCUUCGGAAAUAACGAAAAAGUUUAAAGAUGGUUUAAAAGCAUUAAGUUAGACUAUAGGAUUACUUAAUAUAUACUCGAGUCUGUGAAUCUAAUACUUUCAUGUAAAACUUGUACUGCCAAAGCGAGAAAAACCUUUCCACGCACUCAAGGGCAUGGAAAAGUGGUGAAAAAACAUUUGAUCGACAUUUGGUUAUUGAGUAAUUGUAGCAAUGAGGCUUGACGGCAAUUAGAAACGAGGCCACGGUAUUUGGUUCAAUAUAAAAUCAAAGUCUAGAUCGUGGACAGUUAUUUGUUAAUAUGGUGUUAGUGUAGGAGAUUAAAUAUGCUGAUAGUGAUUACUAUGAUGGCUGCGCAAGCGCUGGCGACGCAGCCAGACCCUGCGGCGCAGCAAAUUAUUAAUUUUAAGCAAAGGAAUCCGAAACCCGUUGGAAUUAUGUCAACCAGUGCAGGCGCGCCCAUAGAAUACUCCGAAGCCUCGAAUACGUUGAAUAAGAGAUUGAUCUUUAACGAGUACUUCAUGGACUCAUUGACUCAUCUGGUUCGGGAGAGGAUACCGGAGCGUCUGGUACAUGCGAAGGCGGGAGGUGCAUUCGGCUACUUUCAAGUUACUCAUGAUAUUACAGAUAUAUGUAAAGCCAAGUUAUUCAGUGCGGUAGGAAAGAAAACUCCUGUAGCUGCUAGAUUUUCUCCUGUGGUCGUGGAACGCGGUGGCAGUGAUACUUCCAGAGAUGCUCGAGGCUUCGCCGUCAAGUUUUACACGGAAGACGGCAAUUUUGACAUAGUAGGCUUCAAUACCCCAAUGUACGUGUAUAACGAUCCAAGACUAUUCACGACAUUCGUGCGAGCUCAAAAGAAGAAUCCUGCUACUAAUCUAUUCGAUGCGAACACUUUAUGGGAUUUCUUGACGUUGCGUCCAGAAAGUUUCCACAUGUUCCUAUUAGUUUUUGGAGAUAGAGGAAUUCCCGACGGAUACAGUCAUAUGCCCGGAUUCGGCAUACACACGUAUCAAGUUGUCAAUGAGAACGGAGAUAAACACUUCAUUAGGUUCCAUUUUAUGCCUGACGCUGGCAUCAAAAAUUUACGCGCCAAUCAGGCUAGAAAAAUUGGUGCGGAAGAUCCCGACUAUAAUACCAGGGAACUAUACAGAUCUAUAGGAAGAGGUGAUUUCCCCAGUUGGACAGUUAGCAUACAAGUUUUGACAUACGAUGACGUUAAGAAUGCUAGGUUCAACGUUUUUGAUGUGACCAAGGUUCUGCCGUUAGAUGAGUAUCCCUUGAGGCCACUGGGAAAGUUUGUGUUGAAUAAGAAUGCUGUGAAUUACUUUGCGGAGAUAGAACAGUUGGCAUACAGCCCAGCCAAUCUUGUGCCUGGUAUCCUCGGCGGACCUGACAAAGUUUUUGAAGCUCGACGAUUGGCUUACAGAGAUGCACAAUACUAUCGCCUCGGUGCUAAUUUUAAUAAAAUCCCAGUAAAUUGCCCACUAAGAACCAAACCUCUUAUAUACAACCGUGACGGCGUAGCUCCAGUGAAGGACAAUGAAAAGGACAUGCCAAAUUACUAUCCAAAUUCUUUUAACGGUCCCGUUCCUUACAUAGAGAAGAAUAAGGUGGAGCUUAUUGAAAUAGUAGAGGAGGAAGCAGAUAAUUUCGAGCAGGCAAGAGAGCUGUACACAAAUGAAAUGACAAAAGAAGAAAGGAAAAGACUGGUCGAGAAUGUUAUAUAUAGUUUGGCUCCAGCAGCAAGUUUCUUACAAGACAAAGCUGUGAAAAUAUUCACUAUCAUUCAUCCAGAUUUAGGCAGUAGGAUAAGUCAAGGUUUGCUGGCUAACAGAACGAAAUAUUAUUAUGAUGAUGAUGAUGAUUAUUAUUAACAUACAUUAAGUAAGUGAAGUAGGUAUAUAAGUGAUAUUUAUUUAAAUAUAGUAAGGGUUUGUAAA